AUGUUUCAUUCCAUCAGACGCGCAUUGAAGUCCAUCCUUGGAGGACAUGAGGAUAUAUAUGCCUUGGAUCAUGCUAUUAUCAACAUGACUUUGCCCCCCGAGCACAUGUGGAUGAAUAUGGGCUACUGGAAGGAUGCAAAGUCAUUUCCCGAUGCGUGCGAGGCUCUUCUCGUGAAGAUUCUGGUUACAGCCGGACUUAUCAGUCAGGACAAGACUUUGAUGGCAGAGAGAUUGUCAGAUACCCACAUGGACGGAGGAGGGCAGCAAGCUGUUUUCAAGUUAAUCGAUGUUGGACUGGGAUGCGGCGAUCAAUCUCUGUACUUGACCAGAAGGCUUCAUCGUUCGACAAACACUGGCAGUGACAACGGUAACGUAAGAGACACGACGGCAAAAGACCAGGAGCUGGUUCCCUUGUUUAACUCGUACAUUGGGAUCAAUAUCACUCCGGCUCAAGUGAACCUUGCACGGCAUCGUCUCAAGGCAGCUUCGGAAAACAAAUCUACCUCACCUACAGUAUGGACGUCAGACGUAAAGAUUUUUGCGGCGGAUGCUGCUCGGCCCGCUUCCUGGGACCAGACACUUAACGAAGCUAUCUUUGGCACCGGAUCGCCACAGUCCACACCAGAUACAUCUACUGCUCCAUUGAGUGCGAAAGAACAUACGUGGCUGUUGGGUCUAGAUACUCUUUAUCACUUCCGACCGUCUCGCGUACCACUCUUUGAGUGUGCAUACAGAGAUAUGAAUGCCUCAAUCAUGGGAUUUGAUCUAUUAUUGGGAGACUCCUUGUCAUUAUGGGGAAAUCUUCGCUUGCGUCUGAUAUGCCUUGCAGCGGGGAUCCCUUACGCCAACUUAAUGACCGUGAAAGAGUACGAAAAUAUGUUGACCAGUGUGGGUUAUGCACACGAGAAUAUCAAAUUGGAGGACGUUUCCCACCAUACAUUCGCAGGUGUAGCAGAAUUCCUUCGAGCAAAAGAAGCCGAAUUGAACAAGUACGGUAUGACAAUGGGCAGGCUGAAAAUGCCAGGAAAAGUCUUUGACUGGUGGGCCAAAAGUGGUGCUGUCAAGGGCUAUGUGAUUGUGGCCCAUAGAUAA